UGUCUGCUCGAUCAGAACAUGUCGCUGCUCACAAACUGUUGAUAGUGUUGUCUCAUCACGUCUCCUCUUCUCUCUUCAGGUAACCAUGCUGAAAGUCAUCAGUGGCCUGGAUGCGGAUCUCACCAACAUGGUCAAGUUCCAUGAAGAAUUCCAGCACCUGGACCAGACCUGUUUGGUGUUUGAGCGGCUGGACAUGAGUCUCUAUGACCUGCUAGAGCAGCGAGAGUGGGAGCACCGUCCUCUUCAUGAGAUCCGCCCAGUUUCCAAGCAGCUCUUGGUGGCCUUGGAUGCUCUGAAGGGUCUCGGGGUCCUGCACACACAUAAAAUCAGACAACGUUAUGUUCGUGAACAGGAAGGCUCAGCCCUUCAGGGUGAAGUUAAUUGACUUUGGCUCCGUCAUGAUGGCGUCCCAAGUCCAGCUGGGGAUGGAGAUCCAGCCGUUUGGGUACAUGGCUCCAGAGAUCUCUCUGGGUCUUCCAUUCUCAGAGGCCGUCGAUUUGUGGGGGGUCGGGUGCGUGCUGGAGUUCCUGUACCUGGCACAAAAACUGUUUUCUGUUAAAUGCGAAUAUCAAAAAAUAAUUAGCCCUUAAUAGGAUUUUUUUGUAUUUUAUCCUGAUUGUUGGUGCUGAAAUUAUUGUAAAUAAAUAGCUAACACGGUAGCAACAUACAUGUACCAUGCCAAAGUGAAAGUAUCUUAAUUCAUAAUUAAUGAGUAACGGCCAGUAAAAAUUGGAGUGAAUGUGUAGGCUAUGAUUUAAGUAUCCUAAAUGUUUUACUUUUUUUUUGUGUCAUUGCAUCUCAAUCAUAUAACAAAUUAUAAGCACAUGUGUUCAAUUUACUCACGAGGCAAUGUAUUGUCAACAAGCCUUUGGUACCACGGUGUAACAUUUCACUGUUAAAAUUUGUUGGGACGAACAAAUUUGCACUCUUGCUCUGAGAAAUACAGUGCAUGGUUCAUUAUGCAACAACUCUCAGCCUGGGCUGCCACACACUCCCUUUUUAUGCACACACGUGCACGCCCAUAUCCUCCCAUUGAGUUAACAUCUGCCCUGUUAAAACCUGAUAUUAAAAUCCGUCCUGAGAGAUCUAAUCAGAGGUUGACUACUCAAAUUAUAUCUAUUCACAGACAUAUCUAUAGUUGUUGAAUAUCACCUAGUCUAUAUGCAAAUAAUCAUGUCAUUUGUGUUCACAAAUGGUCACAAAGAAAUCAGUAUAUCUGCACUGAGAAGUGUAAAUAAACUUGAUUUACACCGCUGAGUAGGCGGUCCUUCAUAUGUGGCCCAGGACGCAUUUGCUUCCACACAGCUCAGAGAAUGUGGCUACGUGUUUACGUAUGCAUGUUCAGACCCCACACUGUGUAUAUUCGUCAAUUCUCGCUCAGAGGUUAGGAUAUAUAAAAAAAACUUAAACUUGAAGCAAGAAUGUGUGCACGUGCAGGCAAAUUUGUAUGUAGGCAGUGAGUGCAGUUAGAUUGGUGACCAAUUUUAUAUUAAAAAUGUUAAGGAGGAGUGGCAUAUGCUCUUUGAAUUACUUUAAAGUGUAUGAUUUGAUUUUUUGAGGUAUCUUACGAUCUGGUACCAGGCUAUCUUCUGCAAGUUCCCUGCCCCACACCCUUUACACUGCCAUUGUCUUCAGUGAAUUGUUAAGUCGAGAACUAUGUGUAAUCAUCCCCCAAGAGACAUUCUCAGGGUCAAUCCACUCUUCCAUAAGGUGCUUGGAGAAGGUCCUGUUAAAAAAAGUGUUUUUAUUAUAAUUAUUUUGUUAUGAUUUAACUUUAGUAGCACUUAAAUGGCACUUACUUAUAGUACUUUGUAGUUUUGGCUGAAGGCUGAAUGAACUUAUUGUAAGUCGAUGGAUAAAAGCGUCAGCUAAAUGAAAUUUAAUGUAAUGUAAAAGAUGUAAUGGGUUCGUAUUUUGGAUGGUUAAUUGGAUUAUUUGUUAUUCAUU